CCCCUGUCAAAGCUUAAUUGGUGUUUGCUCCGUUUGCACUGAUAGUCCCGAGGAUAUGAUGCCAGGAAGCUCAAGAACACAAAUCAAACAAAAUGUUCGCUUCACCAUUGAAAGUAGCAGCUCGAAGCUGUGCAUUGAAGGCAUUCAGGCGAAUGAUUGGAACAUUGCCCAACAACUCCCACAUAUAUACCUUCCCCAAGAACUCCACAUCCCACUACCUCACGCUUCUCCCCUCGGACCCGCCGACUCCUGAGUUAGCGAUUGGCACAACUGCUGCUAUCCCUCCAACGCCCGACUCCUUCACCGAAAACCCACGCUUCCAGACCAUUCUCCAAGAGGUACUGAAAGAGCAUGCGCACAAAGAUGAAGGCGUGCUCUCUCAGGCCCAAGCCUUCGCCGUAAACGCCACCUCUCAAUUCAACAGCGGAGGCACUAUAUUCCGAGGCCAAUCUAGACACAGAAGUGGUGAUGCAACACACGGAGCCAGAGGGGAUGGCGCGGGGGGGGCAAGUGGACAAGGCGGUGCUGGUGGUGGGGGGAGGGGAGGAUGGGUGCACUUGAGCGACUCGAGGAAUCCGCCGGAUUACGGACGCAUUGCAUGGCCUGAGGACAUAUUUGGCAGUCUAGAGGUGGAUGGGCAGGGGGACAUGCUGGAUGGGGGAAAUUACCAGCCGAGCGGGACAUAUCGCGUUGUGACGAGGGAGGGGAUAUUGGGACUGAGCGACUUUCUCAGAGAGAAGGUCGUACAGAGACUGAGGAAGGAAGAAGAGAAACUUCGCAGAUGAUGCUGAGUACCACUCGGUGAGGAGCAAUUUCUUGUACAAUAUUGUAUAAUCCGGACACUAUAUGGAGUUAUGUGACAUAUAAUCCACGUGUCUGAAGCGCGUGGUGUGUAGGGAAUGGUGGCGCGCCGGUCUCGGAGUCCAUUCGGCGGAACAAUGCCGAGCUGCCUAAAAAAAUUAAGAUAUCAACUCAACGAUAGAAUAGCCCGAAGAAUCUCUCCUUGUGCAAUUGUCAAUAUCGAUAGAGACCCUCAUUAUAAAAUCCCAAGUAAACCGUAACUUUUCGUGUUGGAUGACGUCUGUGUUUACCAUACCCUUGUACAACUUCGCUUCGCUCGGAGGCGCUAGUGAAUCGUUGG